AUGUCCCACCAAGAUAGCCGAGCGCGCGUCUGCGCCGAGCCUUCCACGUCCCCUCCUCCCCUUGUUCGGGAUAGUCCUCGGACCUACUCCCCUCCCCAGCGCCGUGAUGGAAAUGGCAGCGAAGAAAGAGACGUCAAGAGCCAGAGAGCAGCUGGGACGGACCUACCGACAGCAGCAGAGCUGUUUGUACCUUCAUUACCGGGUAUACCGAAUUUGGCUACGCAUCCGACGUAUGUGCCCUUCCCCUAUUUCCCUUACCCCUUCUUCAAGCCCUUGAGUCUUGGAGGUCAAAUCGUCCGGAGCGAUCGCCGUGACCUCUGA